AUGGAAUCCUGGGACAAUGAAUCUACAUUGCCACCACCCUACGAAGACGGUUCAACAUCACAAGAUGCUGCCCGCACGACGGCGCGACCGGAAACGCUCUUCAUCGCUCAGCGCUUCAUCCACGCCGGCAGCCCGGAUGGCCCGGCGGUGUACGAGCUGUCCCACCACAUCGACUACGUGACCAACACCGACCACAAAGUGGUGAUGCAAAAGGUCACCCGCUCCUUGCGCGACUCGACCGGCACGCCCUCGAUCCGCACGCGCCUGCGUCCCAUGUACGACCUCACGCACCGCACGAUCGCCGAGCUGCCCAACUAUUCCUUCCAGGCCGAGGCCCAGUCGCGCUUGGCGCCGCCACACAUGGGUAUACUACGCGUCGGCCAUAGCAUCAGAAGCAGCGGGAGGCGACGCUACCACAUCCUGCGGACCCAGUGGGGAGACGACAAUCGCUUGCAGAAGAGCGGCGACGUGCUGUUCGAAGUCAGCCAGACGCGGAGCACGGACAAGGCCAGCGUUCUGUGGGAGUGGUCCGACGGCAAGGGCGGCAUGCUCGCCCGCGAGUUGCUCGGCGAUGAUGGCGUUCUGAGCCUGGCUGUGACGGCUGAGAUGAGCUGUCGCAGGAGAGAUGCCCUGGCCGCAGCGUGGGUGAUGCGCAUAUGGUGGGAGGUCGCCGAGAGCGCCCCGACGAGAGAAGGUCUACGCAGUAGAGCGAAGCGGAUCAUGUCCACUACAAACCCGGACAUCAAGAACAUACGGCGGCAAGUAUUGAGCUGUUUCUUGGGCGGACAAUGA